CAAAUUACAAAAUAUGUAUGAGAUUAAGCUAAUUUUGUUUCAUUUCGGUGAUAUUUCUUCAGAGAAAUUUGGUUUAGUCAGCCGUCAGAAUGACAUUUUAAGGUUAGUUACCGACCGAGCGCUACAAGCCAAAAAAGCACCAAAUUUAAAUCUAAAUCGAUCUAGUAUUCAUUUUUGUAACUUUUUCUACCAAGACUUGUAAAAAUUCAUCGUUUUUUAACUAGAAACAACUCCAAAACACCUCCCACAAUUUGAUUUUGACAGUUAACAGCUGACAUUUGACAUUUUGUGGUUAGUAGGUUUAUAAAACCGACACACCGCAAGGCGGUUUGUUUUAUUAUUAUUUUUUUAAUUUUUGUGUUAGUUUAGUUUCAUUUGCAUAAUCUGUUCUUUACAAUAUACCAAAUGCUGCCGGAACAAAAAGACUUAAUUUACAAACAUUUCCCUCAACUGGUCCAACAAUGUGAUUUAGAGCAGAUUGUGGAAAUUUUGAUCGAGAAAGGUACUCUCAAUCAGGAUUUUUUAGACAAAUUACCUCUCGAGCAAAACAGGGCUCAUAAUAACCGGCAAAUUUUAUUCAAGUUAUUAAAUUUGGAAAAAGUGAACACUUUUACGGGGCUUGUCGAAGGUUUAAGAAAAACGAGAUGUGAUCGUUUGGCUAAUAUUUUGGAAAAUAAGCUAGAGACGAUCAUUCAAAAUAAUAGUUUGCAUCCCUUGGAUGUUAACAUUGAUGUAAAACUUUCGACACAAUUUUAUGACACUGUGGAAUACAACAGGACUGGUUUUUACUCAACUAGGUCAAAAAAUCGUGGUUAUGUACUCAUUAUCAACAAUAUAAAUUUUUCACAAGGACAUGAUGAACGGCAUGGGGCGGAGGCCGACGAACGCAAUCUCCGCAUAUUAUUUGAAAAAAUGGGAAUGACGGUAUUUUCAUACACAGAUCUGAACGCCUACGACAUGUACUUUAAAACACGAGAGUUCUCUGAAAAAUUGCCUUUAACUCAACCAGACAUGGGUAUCGUCAUAAUAAUGAGCCACGGUUUAGUUAUCAAAAAUGAAACUAUGAUAGUUAGUAGCGACAACAAAUACUUGGCUGAAGAAAGCUUUAAAAAAAUUUUCAACAACGAGAAUUGUGCCUUAUUUAGGAAGAAGCCUAAGAUUUUUAUUUAUCACAUCUGCAGAAAUGUUCUUACAGAAUCAGUGACUAAACAAACUUUUACUGAUGCCAUUUUGUCAAAUUCGCUCAGGACAUACAGCGACAUGCUCAUCUGCCAUCCUUCAGUAAAAGGUUUUUCUGCUUACAGAAACAGUAUUAAAGGUUCGUGGUACAUCCAGUUAUUAUGUAAGGUAUUUAUGGAACACGCUCAUGACAUGGACAUUGAAUCUCUACUGAGAAAAGUUGAUGAAGAGUUGGAAGUUGUCUCUUCCAUGCCUUGGGAAACACAGAAUGCAAAUGAAGGAACUCAGCAAACGUCCACGUUUCAAAAUAUCGCAUUUAAAAAAUGUUACCUUCAUCCAGGAUUGUAUGAAGAGGAUGGAAAAAUGAUGAAAUUUUCCCAAAAGAAAACCAAAAUGCUGCCCGAACAUGAAAGUCUGAUUUACAAACAUUUCCCCGAUUUAGUGAGGGACUGUGAUUUAGAACGAAUCAUGCGAAAUCUUUCUUAUAAUGAACCUAUAAUUGCCAAAAUGAUGGAUAAUGUUAAAAUUGAGGAGGACCGCCGUCACAACAAUCGCUGCAUUCUUUUCCAACUUGUGAAAACUAAAUCUACCACAGUUUUCUCUAAAUUAGUUGAGACCUUACGCAAAAGUAAUUACCACGAAUUGGCAGACAAACUUGAAGAUAAACCUCCAACUCGACUUUACAUAGGCACAACUGCUUGCAAUAGACCACCUGAUAGUCAUUUGGAAAAGUUGAAAAUUGAAGUAAAAUACGCAACGAGAUUCUGUGAUACUGACGAUUUUUCUUACAAAACUAGGUCAAAAAAUCGAGGUCAAGUUUUGAUAAUUAAUAAUAUGGUUUUUGAAACUGAGCGACACAUAACGAGACGAGGAGCUGAAGUGGAUGAAGAAAAUUUGAAAGAAUUAUUCGAAAAAAUAGGAUUUUACGUGGAUUUGUACCGGAAUUUGAGUCGAGAUGAGAUUAAAACUGUCGUUAAAAAAUUUUCGGAGAAAGAAUAUAAAGAAGCCCCUGACAUGGCAUUUGUGAUAAUAAUGAGCCAUGGCGAAAAAAUCGACAACAAAACGGUCAUAAUUGGAAGCGAUGGUCAAGCAGUGGAGGAAGAAUGGAUCAUCACGCAGUUCAAUAACCAAUCUUGCACACUUUUUCGCAACAAGCCGAAAAUCCUAAUUUUCAAUAUCUGUCGAGGCGAUUUAGUUGAUAAUUUGGUCCACUUUGCGCAACAGACCCAAAGCGAUUCAGCGUGUACUAAAAAGGGGGAAGUUGGCGAUGACGAUCAGCGAUAUUACAGCGAUUUGAUGAUUUGUCACCCUUCAGUUGAGGGUUUUCAGGCGCACAGAGACAUUGUGAGAGGCUGUUGGUACAUCGAAUUGAUCUGUACAACUUUCAUGGAGAAUUCCUAUCAAGUCGAUGUUGAAACAAUGAUGAAAAUGGUCGAGAGAGGGCUGAAAAAACGAAUAUCGGAAAAGUUGACGCGACAAACGUCCACUUUUCUUAAUAUAGCUUUCAAAACCUGUUACUUGAAUCCGGGGAUUUACGAAAAGGAUGGCCACAUUGCUCUAUUUGAGCAGUCGCAGUCAGUUUGACGUGAUCAUAUUAAUAAUUAAGUUAUGCAAUAUUUUACAAUGAUUUUAUUAAAAUAAUUUAAAGUAUUUUGUA